UUGUGCAUCAUCAGGAGAGAGCGAGGAGGUGGAGAAAAGGCGAAUUGAAAGAGAGAGAAAGAGAGAGAGAGUUGUAUAUUUGGUGUGCUCUGCACAGUAGACAGUUCAUCAAAUUCUUGGAUACUCCAUUGGCGGUAACAAAAUUGGCCACCAUGAGCCUCAGAGUGAGUGUGUUAUUAUUGGCUGUGGUCAUGGUGUCAGUCAUGGGACAGAGAAGACGCACCAGCACCAGCACAAGCACAUCAACAAGCAACAAUGAAUGGAACUUCCGUGACGGCUCAGAGAAGGUGAAUAUGCGGGGUGUGGCCAACCUCACUGAGAUUCUUGACAACUGGAGAUUUGAUAUCCUGAAGGAGAUGAAGAGUCUUCUGCAGAAUGAUCACCAGUCUCUGCUGCCUGACUAUGCCAGAAUUCAGCCACUGUCUGAGGCUUUGGAUGACCUGUACAAAGAGUUCAACGCCUUGAAGGCACAUCUCGGCGAUCUGACCGAGAAGUUUGGACCCAUUGAGACCUUCAUUGAUGAGCUGAAGGCUGAGAGGGCAUUGGGCGGUGCCGCUCGGGCCAAUGCCCCUCAGGCCGACCCAGCUGUGGCCAACCCGGCCCCGGGGCCCACUCGCCGAAGGAUCCUCAAGAAGAAGAUAGCACCAUCCUCCUGAACCACCCCACCAACAUAACAGUGCUGGCACUUUGCGUCUGUUCAAAGGAAACCGCCAUGAUUGAUUCAUUGCUUCUCUAAAAUUAGUAAUUCUUCUGCAUGUUGCUAGGAAGCAGGUACUACUCAACCUACUGCGCCGACCAGAGAGACCAUCUGAAGGUCUGUGGUCUAUGAGGGAAAUGGUUUAGGCAGCUGAGGUUAGGGAACAGGAGGGGAAAGUCCUUUUUUAUAGGUUAUAAUCAAUGGUGCUUUUCAUAGUUCACAUCCUCUUUGGCAGACCGGCUGGUGACCAGUUUAGAUAAGUGGAAACAGCCUAUCAUUGUGUAAUGUAUUGAAAAUGUGAUAUAAUUAACUAGAUAGUAAAACCACUUUAACAGGAACAUAACAUGUGGACAUAGUGAUAGUGUAUGUAAAUUAUUAUUAUUUUGUAGUUUUCCUUUUACAAUAAAAUGAUAUGGCUGAUCAAUGCUUCCCCCGGAUAUAACCAUAACCUCUUUGAAUGGCAUUGUGUAAGUAAUGCAAUGCGAUUGCUAUGCUAUACAAAUUAACGCACAUGACUCUGUAAGAGUCUAAUAGUGCCUCAUCUUUCAUGGCUCAUAUUAGCUGCUUUUUUUUUUCUAUGUUUAUACUGCUGUGAAGUGUCAGCAACAAAUAAACAAUAAUCUGAUGCA